GCACAGCUACUUGAGUACUACAUGCUGUGUGCAGCUCUCGUGAGAGAUCCUGCCUUCGCACAGCUUAGCGCAGCGUCAUAGCAAGUUGACGUGUUUUCGUGCUCACUUCAGCCGCUAGGGCUGUUACUCCGGGAGUGGCAGGAAUUUUGGGAUUAAUUGGCAACAUGGCCAGCCAGACCGAAGUUAUUGAUGCUGUCAACGCUGCUGCUACCUCUUUCGGCAUGGACGGCACGGAGUUAGAGCAGCUCCUGGGCUACGUGGCCUCAAUGCCGGCGGAUGAGUACCGCGACUUCACUAGUCCGGGUGUCCAGGACCCCAAGGCAAUCUUGGAGCUCGUGCGGAGUCGAUUUAAGGCUCAAGAAGGCGUGGCGUCUGGCUCUCAGCACAGUGCGAGCAUCACAGCGGUGCCGGCUGCCGGAGCUCCCGCGCCCACUGCGCCGCCGUACGUCGACAUGGCGAUGCUGAAGGACUUGCUGGCGGAGCAGGCGCGGUCGCUGAAGGACGGGCUGGCGGAGCAGGCGCGGUCGCUGAAGGACGCGCUUGCGGAGCAGGCGCGGUUGCAGAACGCCGCGCUUGCGGAGCAGGCGCGGUUGCAGAACGACACGCUGGCGCGGUCGCUGGCGGAGCAGGCGCGGUCGCUGAAGGACGCGCUGGCGGAGCAGGCGCGGUUGCAGAACGCCGCGCUUGCGGAGCAGGCGCGGUUGCAGAACGACGCGCUGGCGCGGUCGCUGGCGGAGCAGGCGCGGUCGCUGAAGGACGCGCUGGCGGAGCAGACGCGGUCGCUGACGGCCAAGGUGCAGGAAGUUCUGGUUGACAACGCGCAGCGGCGUCACCACCCCGGGGCUUAUCUCCGACGGGAGUGGGCUAUGAGCAAGGCGGCAGUGCCCAAGGAGAAGAAGGUGUUGUGACCGUGUGGGAUAUUAGUGCUCAUAGCCGUCGGAGCGGCACCUGUGGCGCUGUCCGCGGUACUGCUGCUCGGCCAACAGUACUGCCGCGUGACAGCAGUCGUGGCGGCUAUGCGAAUGCGGGCAGCGGCGUGGGCUAGCCUGUCGGCGCGUUGGGCUGUUGCCGCAUACAUCGGCUUCCUGGAGGGCGUGGGUCAUCGCGGGUAUCAGGCCUGUGCAGUUUGCAGUGCGGGCGCCGCUGUGGCUCUUGGUGUGGGUCCCGACCUGUGUGCGCAGAGUGUCCGGGCUCGAUGGGUACUGGCCAGGUACGGUAGUGGUGCGUGGCGCUGUGCAUCUUCGUUGUGCAGGUGUUGCAGGCGGUCUGGCAUGGUGCGCUGCCGCCAGCGGGUGUGAGCGCUGAUUUGCUAUGGCUGGUGGGCGACAUCAGGUCCCUAGCGGGCAUGGCGCUCUUCUCCUGGAAGUCCCUGCUGGUCGCCCAGGAGCGCGGGGCUUGGAUAUUGGUGACUUGGCUCUGGUGCGGAAGGGUGGGCCGCGGUUGUUGUUGAAUGUCUGCAGUAACGACGACGGUGGCCCUGAGGCUGGAGGAAGUGGCUGUUAGGCCAUCAGCGUGAUUGCGUGUGGUCGCGUCGCAUUGGCACGACUUCCUGAUCUUAUUUUGUGACUUGAUCAACAGCUGUACAAGCAGGGCUGGAACAACACGCCUUUGCCUGGGCAGUACCAUUACUUGUGAAGUGUACCUGCCGAUGUCAGCCAGGCAUCGUUGUAUCAUGUGCAAACAAGUAGGUGUGGCAGCCAGUCAGACAUCUUUCAUUCUUUAUAUUGCAGCCGACCAAGAAUGGCAUAUAUACAGGCGAUGCAUUACUUGUGUGUGUGUGUGUGUGUGUGUGUGUGUGUGUGUGUGUGUGUGUGUGUGUGUGUGUGUGUGUGUGUGUGUGUGUGUGUGCGUGUGUGUGUGUGUGGAUGGAUGCGGUUUCGAGAUGGUGUGUACGUUUCAGCGUGCAAUCCUAUGCUUGAAAGUACCAACCGCUUAAUGUUACACCAGGACGGGUGACCGAACACGGCGCAGGUUAGUGCCCAUGCCGCUUUCGGGAUUCGAGUAGCAGCCUACGGGAAGAGCGCACAUCAUGCGCUCCGGUAUUUUGAAGUCAGUGUCUGUUGCUGACUUGGCAUGCAUCUGCUCUGUGGAUGCGUAAAGUGAGUCUGCGGAUUGUCUGUCUCGCGGUGCUUGUUGGAUGCAUGUAUGCGGAUGGGCGAUUCCCCCAAUGGGCGUCAGUCUUUGCACGCCCGGCAGCUUAUGAGGGCUGCGCUCUCAUGUUGUACUAUAUAAGCGGUUUCACAGUUAGGAACCCCAUUGCAGAGGUAGGUCCGAGCUACGCCUGCCAGUAGAGAUCAUUCGAGUAUAAACGCCCUGAGGAGUUCCUCAAGAUCCAAUUUGCAUCAAGCUGGGCGCUCUUGAGGUGCAGACAUGUGGCCAUGCAGCGGCUCCAGAAGGAACUUGACACAGGCUUGACGUGGGUACCACAGUGAUCCAGAAAGGAAAGCGAGCGUCAGCUGAUGCGUGUGCGAUGGGACAGGGGUAAGGCAGGUUGGUAUAUGGGACAUGAAAAAGGCAAAGCAAGUGCCUAAUGU